UCUAACACACUAUCUCAACACUAUAUGCACUAGUGUUUUAUUGUAUGCUAUGUCAAUUUGGCUUGUAGGAGAAACAAACUCAGCAGUUGAAUGAAGUGUUGGAAUCUCACUCUCACUUGGAGGAGGAGACUGAGAGGAAAUGCAAUGAACAGUUGAAACAGCUUGAGGAGGAGAAAGUAAAUAAUUUUUGGAUCAGAAUCAUUAUUAAAUUUGUAGUACAAUGCAUGUUAAACUAAAGUGCCUCUUUGAAGGAAAGGAAAAGGAAUUCCAAGCACUGAAAGAUGAAAUAAGAGCUUUACAUAUGAUCAAGUAUAAUUUAGAAAAGAAGCUCAGCGAGCAAGAGUAUACACUUCAAGUAUUAAAUGUCUCACAAGAGAAUUAUCACAGUCAAUUGAGUCAAAUGGAACAGCAGUGUGUUGAUAUGGAGACAAAAGUAAUUGAAGUCACUAAACUACUUGAGACAUUAGAAUCAAAUGUGAGGGAGGCAGUAGAGUUAAAUGGCAGACUAGCAACUGCUAACAACCAUCAACAAUGUAUUGUUGACUCGUAUAAGGAAGAAUUGGAUACUUACCAGAAAGACUGCAUCAAACUUAAAGCUAAACUAAAAGCAGAAGAGGUUGGUAUAGAGAUGAAGAAACCCACAAACAUUGAUCAGCAACUAAGAGUG